AUGGAGGCAUCACGAGGCCCUCCCCGGGUCAAGAACAAGGCCGCUGCGCCGAUCCAGAUUUCUGCGGAGCAGCUGCUCCGUGAGGCCGUGGACCGGCAAGAGCCUGGCUUGCAAGCCCCGACACAGCGUUUCGCCGACUUGGAAGAGCUUCACGAGUACCAAGGCCGCAAGCGCAAGGAAUUCGAGGAUUAUGUUCGCCGAAACCGCAUUAAUAUGAACAACUGGAUGCGCUAUGCAGCAUGGGAACUAGAGCAGAAAGAAUUCCGACGUGCGCGAUCAAUCUUCGAGCGCGCCCUGGAUGUUGAUGCGACCUCUGUCGUCCUAUGGAUCCGGUAUAUCGAGGCCGAGAUGAAAACCCGAAACAUCAACCAUGCUCGCAAUCUCCUUGACCGCGCCGUGACGAUCCUUCCCCGUAUCGAUAAACUCUGGUACAAAUAUGUCUACAUGGAGGAGACUCUUGGAAAUAUCCCUGGUACCCGACAAGUCUUUGAACGUUGGAUGUCCUGGGAGCCCGAAGAGGGAGCAUGGGGAUGCUAUAUCAAGUUGGAGAAACGGUAUAAUGAGUUUGACAGAGCCCGCGCUAUCUUCCAGCGCUUCACAAUUGUGCAUCCCGAGCCAAAGAAUUGGAUCAAAUGGGCUCGUUUCGAAGAAGAGUAUGGAACCAGCGAUUUGGUUCGUGAGGUGUACGGUCUUGCAAUUGAGACAUUGGGCGAGGACUUUAUGGAUGAGAAGCUCUUUUCGGCUUAUGCCAAGUUUGAGGCUAAGCUGAAGGAAUUUGCGCGCGCUCGAGCGAUUUACAAGUAUGCCCUUGAUCGCCUACCGCGGUCCAAGUCGAUGGUCCUACACAAGGCCUACACAACUUUCGAAAAGCAGUUUGGUGAUCGGGAAGGUGUCGAGGAUGUUAUUCUUUCCAAACGCCGAGUCCAAUAUGAAGACCAGCUCAAGGAGAAUUCGCGGAAUUACGAUAUCUGGAUUGACUUUGCACGACUUGAGGAAACAGCAGGUGAUCCGGAGCGCGUGAGAGACAUCUACGAACGUGCGAUUGCCCAGAUUCCCCCAUCACAAGAAAAGCGACACUGGCGGCGCUAUAUCUACCUCUGGAUCUUCUACGCCAUAUGGGAAGAAAUGGAGGCCAAGGAUACCGAGCGUGCACGUCAGAUCUACCAGGAAUGCAUAAAGCUGGUGCCACACAAGAAGUUCACAUUUGCCAAGGUCUGGCUGAUGAAAGCGCAAUUCGAGAUCCGUCAAAUGGAGUUGCAAACCGCGCGGAAGACCCUGGGUAUGGCGAUCGGUGCUUGCCCCAAAGACAAGCUUUUCCGUGGCUACAUUGACCUGGAGCGACAGCUCUUUGAGUUCGUUCGAUGCCGAACCCUGUACGAAAAGCAAAUCGAAUGGAAUCCGUCCAACAGUCAAUCUUGGAUUCAAUAUGCCGAGCUUGAACGUGGAUUGGAUGACCAAGACCGGGCGCGGGGCCUGUACGAGUUGGGCAUUGAUCAACCGACGCUCGAUAUGCCGGAGCUGGUUUGGAAGUCCUACAUUGAAUUUGAAGAGGAAGAAGAAGAGUACGAUCGCGUACGGGCGCUGUACGAGCGUCUCCUGGCCAAGACCGACCACGUGAAGGUGUGGAUCAACUACGCCCGAUUCGAAGUCAAUAUACCCGAGGAGGAAGAGGAAGAGGAAGAGGAGGCAGAGGAGCGACCGGUCAGCGAGGAAGCCAAGCGACGUGCUCGUGCCGUAUUCAAUCGGGCACACAAGGUCCUCAAGGACAAGGAUAUGAAGGAAGAGCGCGUGGAGUUACUGAAUGCUUGGCGAUCGUUCGAGAACACCUACGGUUCGGCAGAGGACAUUGACAAGAUCGAGAAACAGAUGCCGCGCCGGGUCAAGAAACGCCGCAAGUUGGAGGACGAUCGUUACGAGGAAUACAUGGACUACGUAUUCCCGGCAGACGAUCAAGCGGCCGCGAAUCUAUCGAGAUUGCUCCAAAAGGCGCACCAGUGGAAAAAGAGCGGGCAGUAG